AUUGUGUACAUUCGCUACGGUUGCGCACGCCCUGUUAUUACCGGAUAACGCGUGACAAACAAUCAGUUUGAUGUUGUCGUUACAAGAGUUGAUUGACUCGCGAUAAGAGCCGAGAGCGUCAGCGUGGUGAAACAACAAAGGUAAUUUUUCGGAAAGUAAGGAAAAAUCAGAGAAGAACCACACCCUCUCACGCGCCAGCCUGUAGUUAACGGCCGGAUUCAACGGGCACGUUAACAACGGCCGGCGGGAUCUGCCGUGGGCCGCUGUAUAAUUAAUCGAUAACAAGAAGCGGAGCGAAGCGUCACUGACGUUUCUCUCCUUCGCACCAAGUGCUUCUCCCGCGAUAGGAGGGGAAAGGCGCCGCCACAGCUCGGGCGAUCCAUCUCAUCGCUCGAUCACGCAGUGCCGCACCCGCGGCUCAUGCGCGUGUCGCGAGGGGAUCGUACGUCUCCCCCGCGUGCGAUGUCGCGACGAUGGACGACGACGACGACGCUCUGCCGUCCGCUGCCACGUGCCACAUUCGCGUCGCGCACCGGCACGUCGAGCCGCUUCGCGGCCGCGCCGCCGAGCGGAUCGGUCAGCUUUUCGGCGUGAAGUUGCUGCUGCCGUCGUCGAACCGGCCCGGUGAGGUGCGCGCUUCGACCGAGGCUUCGCCGCUGCUUCGGUGCUAUUCGCCGCGCGGCUCGAAUGCGAGUGAGCCGUUGCUUGUGCCGUUGCGGAUCCUUUCCGCCGACGGGGGAAGAGGGGGCAGCCAGCCAGCAGAUACGAUGUGCGAGAUCGCUGUCAGAGUCCAGGUCGGACACAACGCCGAAUAUCGAUAUCGGCACCAUUAAAAUUCGUGACGCUACGGCACUGGUGCUUGUCGCCUUGCGGCCAAUCCCGAGGCGAUACACCUCGGAUCCGGGUGUGUAUCCACGGUACGUCAUGCAUCUUACCUACCUCCAUGUUGGACAUCGUCGUCGCGUCGUCGUCCGAAGAAGAGAGGGAGGGAGAGAGGGAGAGAGAGAGAGAGAGAGAAAGAAAGAGGAAAAAAAGAGAAGGAGAAGAUCUAUGUGUAAUGAUGUGCAUCAAUUAUGCCGAUAUCCUUACAUUCACGAAAUUUCCUAAGCAACGAUUGAUCGAUUUUCUCGUUUCUUCGCGAAAUCAAACUCGUUAUUAUUAACAGCUUGAGUGAGAAGAAAAAUUCAUCUGCCCGUUCAAAAACGCACCGUGCCCAUUAAUGCGCGGCAUCGUAAGUGUCGACUGAUGGACUACGCGCGCCGCGGCGGAGCGAGCAACGCGCGUGCCUGCGUGCGUGCGUGCGUGCAGGCGCGCGUACGCGUGUAUGUGAUCCGACCUGCCACCUGCCCGAUGCUUCACGACAAACGGUCAAAGACCCCGCGAGCCGUCUGUUUCCCUCCUGAGCGGCCGUGCCGAGCGCGCAGCCGAUUGGCAGUGGGCGCGCGCGCGUACAUUCGACAUCGCGCGAGCGUCUCAUCGCGCCUUCCUACUGGAUAGAGAAAUAUUGGAAACGACGCGUUCGUAUCUGUGCGUGUGCGGUUUGUAAAUUGAAAGAAGAAAGAUGGCGAAUGGAAAUAGUGCACAACUGUUGCAUGCAAUAAUUGUAUAAUUAAAUUAAUUAUAAUUAUAUUUGAAUUACUGCAAAUGUAUUAUAGUUAGAGAAAUUGGGGUUUUUCAAACUUUUCGCGCAAAAAAAUCGAAAAAAUCUGCAGGAAUUUGAAAAAAAACCAAGUUCCUCCCGAGCCUUGAGAAUUAUAGAAUGUGUAUCAUUUUGUUUUGAUUUUUGAAACAAUGCAUAUACCAGGCGUUGAUAUUCUUCCCAUGCUGCGUGUUCGUGUUCGGAAAAUGCCUCCGCAGAGAAAACGAAGGUAUUCAUGAUGCCGUGUGUACCUGGAAAGUUUGCGACCGUUGUCUGUCGGCAGACAUCGGCUCGUUUCGUCGUGCGCCAUGAUCGACGAGAGAUAGCUACCGUUCGUUGCAGUGUUACGUACGAGGCACGGUUGCUGAACGAUCGAAUCUUGGGAAAGUCGGAUGCACUUUGGCUGCUGGAGGUCCGCGAUACAGGCCACCGCUCAUAAUUCAAACCUCCUAUAAUUUUCGAUUUUCUUUGGAAUUAACGUUAGCUUUUUCCUCCUAAACUCAAAGUUUUCUCACUUCCUUCUGUCAUCCCGUCAAUUUGAAAUCCAUACGAGAGAGCGGGGAUCUUUCGGGCCCCACUGACGGGCGAAAUUUCGAAUAACCGCGCCACCUUUUGAUCUCUCGAUCUUCAGGUCGUGCGAGGAUCGCGAUCGCUCGGAAUUUGAAAAUUUUUACGCGCCGCCACGUUGCGCGCGCGUCCCUCGUUCGCGCACGCUCCUGGCGCUAGCGGAGUCACGUGGCCUCUGCGACAAUCACGAGAGCAACCGAGCGAAGUCUAUCACAGGUCACGCGCAGGGAGGAGAGCAGGCGGCGGCACUGCGCGCGGCGUUGAAGGGCCGUGUUGUCGGCGGGGGGCUAGCGCGGCAGGGAGGGAGGGCACGACAUCGCGCGCGCGGUGGAGUCGCGCGACCACUCCAUUCACCCGUCGGCCGUUGCCGAGAUUAGUCGCCCGCGCCUGCGUCGACAAGUCCCACCGAGUGCGCGACAUCGGUGAUACACGGUGCGCGGUCGUCGGAUCAUCAGUGCGUGCGUCGUCCUUCGUUCGUGCUUCGCGUAUGGUGAUACACGGGGGAUGUGUUGUCGUCGUCGUUGUUGCCCGACCGGCUGUUGAAAAGUGAAGCCGCGCCACUGCCGCUCCCGUUCGACGAGAGAGAGAGAGAGAGAGAGGGAUCCUUGUACGUGGGAAGGAUCUACACUCCGAGUGAUCCACGAGCGAGAUGACGGUCACUGGAAAGAGAUACGUGGACUGCACGGUGCUGGGGGCGGGCAGCGUGCCAGACGCCGAGGACUCCUCGUACGACAGCGACUACGAGGCCGAGGACUCGACUGCGGCGACGACGGCGACGACCGCGACGGCGACGGUGCCCCGUCCUCGCUCGGAGUCGCAGGUGUCCUCUGUGGCGCACCAGGACGUGUCCCGCACCGCGUCCGACACCCUGGCGGCGGAAUUCGCCGAGUACGUCACCAUCCAAGGACCUUCGCCCACGCAGAGUCCAGAUCUCGUCCGUCCAGGUUACACCGCUCGCGUGGAGUUCGCGCUGAAACUGGGCUACACCGAGAAGCUCGUGCAAGCGGCCUUACAGAAGCUGGGCCCGGACCCUGGUCAGAAUGAGCUGCUGGCCGAGCUGAUCAAACUCGGAGCUACCUGCUCGCCGAGACUAAGCGAUGGUCCGGAGGAGGCUGAUGGACUGUUGGAUAUCGAGAUGGGCACUGACGAGGGCGGAGGGUCGAUCUUGACCUCGACAACGGCGAUGACGAUGAAUACGACCUCGUCGGCGGGCCUGAGGCCCGUCGUCAUCGACGGCAGCAACGUUGCCAUGAGCCAUGGUAACAAAGAGGUCUUCUCUUGCCGCGGCAUCAAGAUCUGUGUGGAUUGGUUCCGUGCCAGGGGCCACAAGGAGAUCACCGUCUUCGUGCCCAAGUGGCGGAAGGAGGCCUCCAGGCCCGACAAUCCCGUCGCCGAUCAGGAGAUCUUGGGCGAGCUCGAGAGGGACCGUCUGCUGGUCUUCACGCCUUCCAGAUUGGUAGGUGGGAAGCGUAUGGUGUGCUACGACGACCGAUACAUCCUUAGGCUGGCCGCGGAGGUCGACGGCAUCGUCGUUAGCAACGAUAACUACCGGGACCUGGCACAGGAGAACCCCGAGUUCAGGAGGGUCGUCGAGGAAAGAAUCCUGAUGUAUAGCUUCGUGAACGACCGAUUCAUGCCGCCGGACGAUCCGCUCGGCAGGAGCGGUCCUACACUGGAGAAUUUCCUCAGGAUCGCGCCCAGAAAGGUCGAUCCGGCGCCGCCGUGUCCUUACGCCAAGAAAUGUACGUACGGGAACAAGUGCAAGUUCCGACAUCCAGAGAGAGGACCACACCCACACAAGUCCGUGACGGAGCGACUGGUGGAACACGCCCAGCGUCACCUGCAAGCCCGUGGGCCCAGUCUAAGCCUGCCGCUGCCGUCCACAACGUCCGUCUCUCCGCAGCAUCCGCCGCUCUGCAAGACUAGGUCGUCGGUGCCGCCGAGCGUCGUUCAAACUUUGUCGUCCGUGCCGAAGAGUCGAUCGGUGGAGAACGUUACGUCCGAUUUGUCCGCAACUAGUCCCGCCAUGUACAGCCAACAAAUGCCUUCUACCCCGAGUCCUCAAACUUAUCCCUCUGCGGUAGGCUGGGCCGCGUCGAGAGUGAGCAAUCCCGAGCCAGAACCGGCGAAUAUGCAUCGCAAAUUGCAGCGACAGCUGACUCUGAAUCCUGCGUGCGAUCCGCGCCUUUAUCAGCUCAGGCGAUACCAUCAGCAGCAAGCCAGCCAGCCGCCACAACAACAGCAGCAGCAACAACCAGUCAUUAAUUCCCCGCGUUCUAGUAUGCAACAUCGGCCGUUGACGAGACACGCCAGCAACGAGUCGUCGUAUCCAGUUACUGCUAUGAGUUGGGAUCAUACCGAGCGUCUUCAACAUCAUCACCAGCACGUGACGCGUAUCGCCUCCGCUCCGGACUCGUACAGAGCGUGGCCGCCAUGCGGCGCCGCUCUGGUACCGCCAUCGCGGGUACAGAGGCUGGGCACCUCGGAUCCUCAGUUGAAUCUACUUCCGUCACCACCGUCCGCGAGUUUACACGUGCCUUGGGGUACACAAGCCCAGGACGCCCGACGUCGCCUGCACUACCACCUCGCCAACAUCUUCCCCGAGGAGCAGUCUUUCCGCGGGGGCACCCUGUAUGCGGUGGAGAGAUCUUCAUGCGGAAUAUAUAAGUAUGUAGUGACUUGUACCGUCUCCGCCAUCGCGAUUGCAUCGAGGAUGCCGAUCGGUCGAGUGGUUAAAAGGAGUAAUUUAAUUUCGAGAAACAUACAUCUGAAAUUUCCGAAUCUUGUAAUUCGAGAGAUUCGACGCGUUUUCGUCCUGCUAGUCGUCGUGGGCCAGCAUUUCGCGGACGGAGAACGCGCAGGUGAACAACCCGCCGUAACGUGAAAGUCUACAGAGACAUCUUGAUAUAUUAUCGUAGAUUUUCGCAUUAUUUGGGAAAGAUUAACGGGGGUUGAAUGAUCGCGCGUCUACGAUCAGCGCACGUCAGCCUAGGGCAUUACAGCGCGAGUGUUCGUUGUUUCGUUAUUCAGGAUGUAGCUGGUGAGAGAGAAACUGUAUUUUAAUCCGUCGUCUUAAACGUAAUGAACUCGCGUCGGUGAUUAUCGUCUCACAUUGAGCCGAUCGACUUCUAUCUCUUCGACGGCACUCGCGGAAUCGUCUCGCGCUGUUUUCUCAACAAUUCUUGUUUUCCAACGAGGAAGGAAAACGAUCUUAAUGAUACUUAUAUAAAUUCUAUUUUUAUAGAUGCAUUGAAACUUUCUGUGCAUUUGUCACUCUUUGGUUGUCAAAUUGACCGAAGCUUUUGAUGAAAUUUUUUAAAAUUUGUAUCGUAGGAAUAGUUAUACAUCUUUUUUUUGUAAUUAGACAAUUUCGAGCUUUUCAUUGCGCAAUGAGGAAAUUUCUCGAGACGAUAUCGUGAACGCUGAUCAUUCACAUUAGCGGCUGUGAAUUUAUGGGAAGCCUAUAUACACGCAUAUAUAUAUAUAUAUAUAUAUAUAUAUAU